AUGAGCCCAGCCAACUACACUGGUCUCCCUCCUAACCUUUUGCCAGACGAUGCAAGCCCUGAAUGGAUGAACAAAGGCGACAACGCAUGGCAACUCACGGCCGCCACACUUGUCGGCCUGCAGAGCGUUCCGGGGCUCAUAAUUCUCUAUGGAGGAGCCGUGAAGAAGAAAUGGGCAGUGAACUCGGCUUUCAUGGCUCUCUAUGCUUUUGCUUCCGUUCUUGUUUGUUGGGUCGGCUGGGGAUAUCGCAUGUCGUUUGGUGAUACUCUUUUUGCACUCUGGGGAAAAGCCAAUGUUUCUUUGGACCAGAAAUACCUCUUCGAGCCGGCGUUUCUCGGGAUGUUUCCCAACGCGACCAUGGUGUAUUUCCAGUUCGUGUUCGCCGCCAUCACUUUGCUUCUGAUAGCUGGAGCUUUGUUGGGGAGGAUGAAUUUCUAUGCUUGGAUGCUUUUUGUGCCACUGUGGCUGACCUUUUCUUACACUUUCGCAGCGUUUAGCAUAUGGAGUCCUAAUGGUUAUUUCGCCAAGUUGGGAAUCAUAGAUUUCGCUGGUGGUUAUGUCAUCCAUUUGUCUUCAGGAGUUGCUGGUUUCACAGCAGCAUAUUGGGUUGGACCACGACUAAACAGCGAUAGGGAAAGGUUCCCACCGAACAACAUACUUCUGAUGUUGGCAGGGGCUGGAAUGCUGUGGAUGGGAUGGUCAGGAUUCAAUGGAGGAGGCCCUUUUUCAGUAAGCAUGGAUGCUUCUUUGGCCAUAUUGAACACCCACAUUUGCACUGCCACCAGUUUGCUUACUUGGCUCAUACUUGACAUCGUAUUUUUCCGCAAACCUUCGGUCAUUGGAGCUGUUCAAGGCAUGAUCACUGGCUUGGUUUGCAUCACCCCCGCAGCUGGUGUGGUUCAAGGAUGGGCGGCCAUCCUAAUGGGGUUGUGUUCAGGUUCAAUACCAUGGUUCACCAUGAUGGUGGUACACAAGAAAUCAGUCCUCCUUCAGAAAGUGGAUGACACCAUGGCUGUUCUUCACACCCAUGCCAUAGCCGGAGCUCUUGGUGGAAUCCUCGCCGGUCUGUUUGCCCAUCCAAGGCUCAACUAUCUUUUCUACGCCACCUAUGAUACUUAUGUUGGACUCUUCUAUGCCUUCCACAUGGGAGAUGCCAUGGCCGGGUUUCGCCAACUAGGAAUCCAGCUUUAUGGGAUUGCCUUCAUCAUUGCGCUCAACGUUGUUGUUACUAGCUUGAUUUGCAUUGCCGUGCGAUACAUCGUGCCUUUGAGAAUGUCGGACGAGGAUAUGGAAAUUGGUGAUGAAGCUGCUCAUGGGGAAGAAGCCUAUGCGAUAUGGGGUCAAGGCGAUAAGCUUGAUAAUUCCAGGUAUGGAGGUUCCAACUACAAUGAUAUUGAAGCUCCCGUGAAAAAGACUGGUGGGCAGAUUCAGAUGGCCUAA